GUGCGCAUUGAUCCACGUGUGUGAACAGGCUCUGCUUGUCAGUCAGACUUUGAACAGUGCACUGGCGCUCAUCAUCAUCUCUACUAAUCUCUGGCCACUGCCUGUCAUCAACGACGCUCCUGCUGACAGUUUUUCCACAGACGAGCUCAGAUUUCUCCACAGAUCAGGAUGAAGACUUACUGAGAAAACAGGCAGUACAAACCGGAGGGCAGCACCGUAGGGACCGAGCGGAGAGAUUAGACGUUAGCAUCGCCGUUUUAACGUUGACUCGGGAGUUGCGAUGGUCCAGUCAAGGGAUAUUUUUCUAGCCUUGCUUCUUGUGGGCUGCACAGUGUCCCUGGAGGUGCAGAUCACACCAAAUCAGGGUGAAAUUAGCCUGGGUGAAUCCAAAUUCUUCAUGUGCGAAGUUAUAGGUAUUCCCAAGCUCAUAGAAUGGUUCGGACCAAACGGGGACAGGAUAGAAGCGAACCGACCGGACGUAACAGUAACCCGUAAUGAUGAGUCAUCUUCCACCCUUACAUUGUAUAAAGCUGGCGCUGAUAACGCAGGGACAUACAAGUGUGUCGCAACCAGUGGAGACCAGCAAGCGGAGUCAACCAUCAAAGUGAAAAUCUUCCAAAAAAUCACCUUCACAAACGCACCAUCACCCCAAGAGUUCACAGAAGGAGACAAUGCCAACAUCGUCUGUGACGUCAUCAGUUCGCCUCCACCAACUGUCCUCUGGAAGUACAAAGGAGCGAAAAUACAGAUGGAAAAAGACGUUCGCUUCAAAGUACUGAGCAACAAUCACCUUCAGAUCCGCGGCAUAAAGAAGACAGAUGAGGGCUCGUAUACCUGCGAGGGUCGCCUCAUGGCCCGCGGCGAGAUUGAUCUGCGGGUCAUCAAGGUCGUCGUGAAUGUGCUUCCAACCAUCAGAGUCUGGCAGUCUGAAGUGAAUGCCACGGCAGAGGUCGGGCAGCCUGCCAUGUUAACCUGUGCAGUUGAUGGCUACCCUGAACCCAUGGUGACUUGGACAAGGAACGAAGCAGUCCUCGAAACAGGAGAGAAGUACAGCUUUAAUGAAGAUGGCUCGGAAAUGACAAUAAUGGAUGUGGCCAAGCUGGAUGAGGGAGAGUACACCUGCAUCGCCAAGAACAAGGCUGGAGAGAGUGAGCAGGAGCUCAGCCUGAGAGUGUUUGUCAAACCGAAGAUCACGUACAUCGUGAACCAGACCACUUCAGAGUUGGAGGAGCAGGUAACUCUGACUUGUGAGGCAUCGGGAGAUCCAACUCCUACUAUCAACUGGAGCUACGGUGAUCGCAUCUUCACAGAAGGAGAGCAGGCACACCUAAACAGGAUCUAUCAGGCAUCAUGGACUCGACCAGAGCAGCACAAGAGUGAUGAUGGCAACGUGGUAGUGAGGAGUGAUGCUCGCGUCUCCUCUCUCACCCUGAAGUAUGUCAAGUACACAGACGCUGGUCAGUACUUCUGCACAGCACGCAGUGCCAUUGGAGAGGAUGAACAGAGAGCAUAUCUGGAGGUCCGCUUCGCCCCUAAAAUCCACGGUGUUGUUGCUACAUAUACCUGGGAGAAAAAUGCAGUCAACCUCAGCUGCGAGGUCAAAGCUCAUCCCAGUGAUGUUUCUAUAGCAUGGCUGAGAGACGGACAGCAGCUCCCCAACUCAAACACCACAAACAUCAAGAUCUACAGAACUCCAUCAACCAGCUUCCUCCAGAUAACCCCUGAGUCUGAAAAUGACUUUGGAAGCUAUAACUGCACUGCUUCCAAUGAGAUGGGCACAGAGUCCAAGGAGUUCCUCCUCAUCCAGGCCGAGGUGCCGUCAGCUCCAGCCGUCAGUUUGGCCAAACCCUUCUCCACUACAGCACAGAUCCUGUUCGAGGAGCCUGAAUCCACCGGGGGCGUUCCUAUCCUGAGAUUCAAAGCAGAGUGGAGGGUUCACGGCAGAGGGAGCUGGAUGCAGAAGAUCUAUGAGUUGCAAGAUGGCUCCAUUGGCGAGGUGACUAUCACCGGCCUGAAGCCAGAGACUGGCUACCAAGUGAAGAUGUCAGCCAUCAACGGCAAGGGUGAAGGUGAAAGCAGCCCUGCUGAGUUCUUCAAGACAGAGCCUGUCCGGAAUCCCAAUCCUCCAAAACUUGAAGGUAUACUUCAACCCAAAGGAAACUCUGUCAAAAUUAGUUGGGUCAAGCAGGACGACGGUGGUUCACCCAUUUUUCAUUACCUUGUCCGCUUUAAGCCGCUUCAGGAUUCAGAUUGGAAGCCAGAAAUCCGACUGCCCGCCAGCAGCGAACACGUGAUCCUCAGCGGGCUGCAAUGGGACACUGACUACAAUGUCUAUGUGGUAGCGGAGAAUCAGAAGGGGAAGUCUCAGCCCGCGUCGAUGUCCUUCAGGACGUCUGCAGAGCCAGAAGCUAUCCCAGAUUUGGGCGAUGAGGCAGCGCUCUCAAUGGGCAUCAUGCUCUGGGCAGGGAUCCUUGUUGUAGUAUUUGUACUCCUGCUGCUCGCCGUGGAUGUCACCUGUUACUUUGUCAACAAAUGCGGCCUCAUCAUGUGCCUCUGCGGCAAAUCCGGCACAGGGACCAAAGGACACAACUUGGAGGAGGGCAAGGCAGCCUUUAUCAAAGACGAGUCCAAAGAGCCAAUAGUGGAAGUCCGGACAGAGGACGAGUGCACAGCCAAUCAUAACGCAGCAGGACCAACAGAACCCAAUGAAACCACACCUCUUACAGAGCCAGAGCUGGCGGCUUUCACUGCUGCUCUGGCACUGGACACCCUCUCCUCCGUAGCCACCAACUCUGACACAGCCACAGCAACAGUUCAGGACAGCCCCUCUAGCGAGACCACUACCCUCACUUGUAGCCUGUCUACCCCUGCCAACGACCCCUCCGACCCCUCACCCACCCCUGUCGUGGCCCCGGCCCCGACUCCAGAGUCAAACACGGCCCCGUCGACUCCCCUCUUCUCCGAGUCAGUGGUCGAAGCGAAAAUGGCGCCAUUAGUAGAACAAAGAGGAAGUAACACCCAGGAGGAACAGGAGAAAAUAUCCACUCCUCCUAGUACCCCUGACUGGACUAAAGCUCAAAAAUCUGGGACACCGAUUCCCCCGAAGCGUAGACAUUCUCCCAAACUUGCGGCUCUCAAUGCUAAAGCUAGCCCACCUGUAUCUCCACUGGCUACGUCUUCGCCAUCGUUCUCCCCAACUUUCGACACCAAGAAACCUGCCCCACCUCCACCCAUCACUCAGCUUCACACACAGCCGCACACUGUGGCCUUAGAUGCAGAGACACCAGCACAAACUGCCUCCACCCUCAAAACCACUGCCCCCCCAAAACCAGACCCUUUUUCAAACGCAGUAGCCCGUCCUGUCAGUGGGCAAAGCCUUACUCCGUUUGACAAUGAUCAUAAACUCACUGACCAAAAUGCUGAUAGGAGUAUGAUCCCUGUCAAAGAUGCUGCAGCUCCUCCAGUGAUUCACGGUGCUCUCAAAGUCAAAGAUGCUAAAAAAUCUGCUCCUCAAGUUGCAGACAUUCCUCUACCAGUUACUCAAAUCACUUCUAAUGCUGCACCCAUUGCUAUCGAGGCGCCGAUUACAAAUGAUUUCUUUAUAUCGCCGUCAGACACGUAUGACUUACUCACCCCCGACGUCGGACCCAAGAGUGCAGAUUUAGAGUUAGAGCUGAGAAACGGGACAGAUAGAUCCUUCGAGCCCCCCGCAGACCUUAUUAGCUUAGACAGCCCGCCUGCCCUGGCCAAUGGUGAUGCAGCAGACCUCCCCUCAGGCCCAGUUCUGGAAGCAUCAGAGACUCUGGCCAAGACUGCUCCUCCUGUCAACGAUGAGAAGAGUUUUGGUGAUGAGAAAAGCAAACUGGGGGAGGCAGAACUUUCGCACGCCCUGACGGAGAUUGCUGCAGAACACAACAGUGUCAUACAGACAAAAACCACCGAGGGCAAAGCAUGAUGGGCCGGGGAAACCCCAGCCCCAAUCCAAAACUUUUUUUGCGGCAGCAACGUGCGAGAAACACUGCAGGAGUUUUGAUUUCCAGUGCCCUUAACAACAUAUUUGAAUCAACACACAUAUACACACACACACACACACACACAAACACCAGUCUUUAGGUUAGAGCGCACUAUGGCUGUGCUUUUAUUUCUGGUUUCCCUUCAUGAGAUGUUUACUACACCCAAGGAAUUUAUCUUUAGGUCAUAAGAGAUUUAUUUUAUUUUUUUAUUGUUAUUUUAUUUUAUCGGUCGGGAUGAUUAAGAAUAAAUCCUUAUUAUAAUGAUCGCUUGGUAUAUAUAUGGAAUUAGACUCUACUUUUUAUUGUGCUUACAGUUUGUAAUGCCAUCACACACAAGUAUUGGAUUAUUAUGAGAAAUGUAAAAACAAAAAAAACCUGACUAUAUACAGAAAUUAUUUUUAUUAAUUUCAUGUUCAACUGUUGAAAUGUAAAACUGUUGCAUUUUUUUCUUAGUUUGGACUCUUACUUUGUGGGCUAGUCUCAUUAAAUAGCUUGUCCUGCAUGUCUGACCUGCAAGUGGUUGUAAAGUUUUUGUUUACAAGGUUUAUGGUUUCACUUUGUUACAAGGAUGUGUCAUCUCUCACAGAUGUUCUGGCAGUGAUUAAACAAGCCCCAGUUCAAUGUUUGGAUUAUAACCAGAUUUGUUAUGGUUAUAAAAAUACAGAAUUAACCCACAGCCAGCUGCAGGGGAAAAGAGCCUGACACACACCACAACAGUGUGCACUAUCCGAUCAGAUUUGGCCCAUUUAAUGAGAAAGUAUAUUCAGUCUGUCACUGCCUUGCCAACAGUGUUAGUGAAAUAUAUUUAUUGAAUAAGGAUUUUAUUUAAAAAAGGUUAUUCAAUAUGAAAGUUUAGAAAAAAGAGGAGCAAAAUGCCAGCAGAGCUGCCGAUUCUCAGCCAAGGAACUCCAAAUCGAGCUAAUGUCAUACAAUCUUGCGCUGAAUACACGCCAUGUAUUUCUUUGGGGCGCGACAACUAUGAUAGCUAAUGUUUCUUCCUCUCAUUAAAGCGGAUCAAAGGUCUCGCUUCGUGCUUUGAGUUUUACAUCAGGAGCAAAAAAUAAAUGAAUAAAAAAAGCAUUUUUGUACUAUUUAAAAACUACAAAGAUUUCUUUUCCAUUUCCUGCCUGCAAGCUUGUGCACUGUGACUGUGUGUCAAUAGAUUGUCUUGUCAUCAGUUUCUAUGAUAAUCUGCAUAGCUUUGUUGUGAGAGAUUUAGCCUAUUCUUUUGAUUUGAUAUAUUGUAUUACUAGAAGAAAAGUAUGAUAAAUGGACUAAUGUGGUCAUUAUAACACGUGUAGUGUAUGAAACUGUCCGUCUCUGGUCACAGCACUAUAUAUUGCCAGCUAUAUUGAAGGAAGGUGUUUUGAACCUUGGCAUGAAUUCAUAAUGUAUAACUACAGGCAGACUGAUCUGCCCAUGUUUGUAUGGGGGAAAAAAAAUCUCAUGGAUUCAAUGAGUGGAACAUUUGGGGCUUGCUCUGGCAUAUCUACAUAUCUAUUUUUUUAUUUCUCUCCCCCUGAAGUUGUUCAAGUGUUCUGUAAUGUGGAGUUUGAAUUUCUUUUCUUCUUUUUCUUUUUUCUUUUGGUAGUUUUUGUCUUUUUGUACAAAAAAAAAUCACUCACCAAGAGCGACUACUUGACAAGCUGGCAGGAAGCAGGGUGGUCAACUUGAGACAAGUGAUCAAACUUCUUUUCAAAGCUUUAGAUAACAGAUGUUAUAUCAGAAGAACUUGAAACAGAUUAAAGGUAUAUUAAAGCAGAAAAAGCUUUACUCACCUUGUACUCCACUGCUGUUACCAGACCACCUUGCUCCCUUUGUCUCUGGAUGCUCCUUUUGGUUUUUAUUGGGUCAAACUCAGAAAAGAUCUGCUGUGUACAGUCUGAGUGCUAACCCAUUCACCAAAUAAAAAAAAUGGUUUCC